AUGGGGGCGCAGGACCGGCCGCAGUGCCACUUCGACAUCGAGAUCAACCGGGAGCCGGUUGGUCGCAUUAUGUUUCAGCUCUUCUCAGACAUAUGUCCAAAAACAUGUAAAAACUUCCUUUGCCUAUGCUCAGGGGAGAAAGGCCUUGGGAAAACAACUGGAAAGAAGUUAUGUUAUAAAGGUUCUACAUUCCAUCGUGUGGUUAAAAACUUUAUGAUUCAGGGUGGGGACUUCAGUGAAGGUAAUGGAAAAGGUGGAGAAUCCAUUUAUGGUGGAUAUUUUAAAGAUGAAAACUUUAUUCUCAAACAUGACAGAGCGUUCCUUUUGUCAAUGGCAAAUCGAGGGAAACAUACCAAUGGUUCCCAGUUUUUCAUUACUACAAAACCUGCUCCACACCUGGAUGGGGUUCAUGUUGUCUUUGGACUGGUUAUCUCUGGCUUUGAAGUAAUCGAGCAAAUAGAAAAUCUGAAAACUGAUGCCGCGAGCAGACCUUACGCAGACGUGCGAGUUAUUGACUGCGGGGUGCUUGCCACGAAAUCAACAAAAGAUGUUGUUGAGAAAAAAAGGAAGAAACCAAUACAUUCAGAAGACUCAGAUUCCUCUUCCAGUUCCUCUUCCUCUUCAGAAUCAUCUUCAGAAAGUGAAAUUGAACAUGAAAGAAGCAGGAGAAGGAAACAUAAGAGGAGGCCAAAAGCUAAACAUUCUAAAAGGAGACGAAAGGAAGUAAGCAGUUCAGAAGAACCACGAAGUAAACGCCUUGUGAGUCCAAAAGUUCACUCUGAGAGGAGUGAUACCAAUGAAAAGAGACCAGUGGAUUCAAAUGCUAAAAGGGAAAAGCCUGUUGUCCGUCCAGAGGAGAUUCCUCCAGUGCCUGAGAAUCGAUUUUUACUGAGGAGAGAUAUGCCUGUCGUCCCAGUGGAACCUGAGCCAAAGAUUCCAGAUGUUGCACCUGCUGUAAGUGAUCAGAAACCAUCUGUGUCAAAGUCUGGACGGAAGAUUAAAGGAAGGGGUACCAUUCGCUAUCACACACCUCCACGGUCAAGAUCCUGCUCAGAGUCUGAGAACGAUGACAGCAGUGAAACUCCUCCUCAUUGGAAGGAGGAGAUGCAGAGGCUGAGAGCGUACCGACCACCAAGUGGAGAGAAGUGGAGUAAAGGAGACAAGUUAAGUGACCCCUCUUCAAGCCGAUGGGAUGAGAGAAGCUUGUCACAGAGAUCUAGGUCAUGGUCCUAUAGUGGCUAUUACUCAGACCUUAGUACAGCAAGACACUCUGAUGGUCACCGUAAAAAACGCAGAAAGGAAAAAAAGGUUAAGCAUAAAAAGAAAGCCAAAAAGCAGAAACACUACAGAAGACACAAACAGCCUAAGAAGAGAAGAGUUGUUGUACUAUCUGACAUAGAAUCUUCAAAAUCUUCCCCUAGACAGAUGAAGUCCUCUUGUGAUAGAGAAAGGAGGUCUCGCUCUUCCUCCUCCUCAUCCCAUCGCUCAUCAAAGAGGGACUGGUCCAAAUCUGACAAGGAUGAGCAGAGCUCUUCAACGCAUUCCAGCAGGGACUCCUACAGGUCAAAGUCUCCCUCUCGGUCCUAUUCUAGAGGGAGCUCCAGAUCAAGGACUGCAUCAAAAUCCUCAUCACAUUCUCAGAGUAGAUCCAAGUCUAGAUCGAGUUCCAAGUCAGGGCACCGAAGGACAGCAUCAAAAUCACCAAGAGGAACAGCCUCUCAGUUGAGUGAAAAUAAACCAGUUAAAACAGAAUCUUUAAGAGCAACAGUGCCACAAAAUGAAAAUGUAGUAGUGCAGCCAGUGGUAACAGAAAAUAUUCCGGUAAUACCACUGAGUGAUAGCCCCCCCCCUUCAAGGUGGAAGCCUGGACAGAAGCCCUGGAAGCCCUCCUAUGAGCGAAUUCAGGAAAUGAAAGCUAAAACAACUCAUUUGCUGCCCAUCCAAAGUACUUACAGUGUAGCAAAUGUCAGAGAGAUUGGUAGUUCAUCAUCCUACCAUAAAAGAGGAAAAAAUUCAGAAAGUGAUCGGAGUGCUAAUUCAAAAUAUAGUGAUAGAAGUUCUGAAAGUUCCCCAAGGUCAGGGAGCAGGUCUUCUAGGAGCAGAUCUUACUCUCGAUCGUAUACCAGGUCGCAUAGUCGUGCUAGUUCACAGUCAAGGUCUAAGUCUCCAUCGUCUAGAUCUCGUUCACGAGGUAAGUACAGCGAUCGUUCACAGUGCAGUAGGUCAUCUUCCUACACUUCUGUUAGCAGUGCUGAGGAGAGAUGGGCCAGGAGGACACUGAGAUCCAGUGGGAGAAAAAGUAGCACUUCCCAUAAACGGCACAGCAGCAGCUCUGAGAAGACACCACGUCGUAAACGUGUCAAAGGUAAAGACAUGUCUUCACAUAGGAGAAGGCGGCGUAGUGUGAACCGGUCAUCUGCAGAUUCUUCUUCAGACAAUGAGCCGGCAAGUGUUCAGGUCACACAUUCGGCCCAGGAAAAAGGGAAGCAGGGCAGAAUGGAAAUAAUGAAUAAUAAACAGGAGAAAGGCAGAGAUGCGGAGAAAUGCAAGCCUGAACGGGAAUGCUCACAUUCAAAAAAAAAAAAUUCCAAAGAGAAUCUUUCUGAUCACUUCAGAGAUGGCAGUAAGCCCAAAAGGAAAAAUUAUGCCGGGAGUAAAUGGGACUCUGAGUCAAAUUCAGAACGAGAUGUAAUGAAAAACAGUAAAAAACAUUCCCGCAGGUCUUCUGAUAAGGAGGAAGGGGAAGCCACCUCAGAUUCUGAAUCGGAGGUUAGUGCAAUUCACAUCAAAGCCAAACCCAAGACUAAAUCUCCAUUGAAUGCGUCACUGCCGGACAAUGGUGCCUGGAAAUCCAGUAAACAGCAGCCCUCAACUUCUGCUUCUGAGGGGUCAGACUCUAACUCAGAAAACAACAGAGGAAAGCCACGGAAACACAAACGUUCAUCAAAGGAAAGUCUUAAAAGAGAUCAUACCAAGAAAGUAAAGGAGAAAGGGAAAGGGAAAAAAGACAAAAAGCACAAGCCUCCAAAACGAAAGCAAGCAUUUCACUGGCAGCCUCCACUAGAGUUUGGAGAGGAGGAGGAGGAAGAGGAGAUUGACGAAAAGCAAGUCACUCAAGAGUCAAAAGAAAAAAAAGAACUUUCUGAAAACAGUGAAACGGUGAAAAAUGCUUCUCCCCACACUGAGAGAGCUUGUGACGAGGGCAGGCUCUCAGGUCAGCACAGCACAGUGACUGCUUCGUCAGCCCUUGAUCAGCUUCCCGAAGGUGACAGUAAGCCUGGGACUUGUCCCACUGCUUUAGAUCCUGAGAACGAGGGGGCCAAUUUGCCCCAAAACACGCAGCAUGGAGAAAGGGCUCCAAGCGGAGCAGAGGAUGUGCUUCAGACAGAUGAUAACAUGGAGAUCUGCACCCCUGAGAGGAGCUCACCAGCCAAGGGAGAGGGGACGUCCCUUCUGGCCAGUUCAAGGCUAAGCACCCCACAGAUGAGUGUUGUGAAACCAGACCUGCACAUGGAAGCUCCUGAAGCGGAUGGAUCGAGACAGGAAAGCAGCACGUCUGAAAGCAAAACGGCGGGAGAAGGCGGGAAGCAGGACAGCAGCGUGGCCAGCGCCAGUGAAGAUGCUGGCAAGGAAGCGGCUGGAAAGAGCCAGGGCAGCCUCUCAGAUAACAAGUGGAAGCCCCUGCAGGGUGUGGGAAACCUGUGGGCCCUGCCUACUUCCACAUCCAGUGCUGUGGAGGCGAAAGCCCUGACAGUUAUACCCGAGAUGAAACCCCAAGGUUUAAGGAUAGAAAUAAAAAGCAAAAACAAAGUUCGGCCUGGGUCACUCUUUGAUGAAGUAAGGAAGACAGCACGCCUAAACCGGAGACCAAGAAAUCAGGAAAGUUCAAGUGAUGAGCAGACACCUAGUCGGGAUGGUGACAGUCAGUCCAGGAGUCCAAGUAGAUCUCGCAGUAAAUCUGAAACCAAAUCCAGGCACAGAACCAGGUCCAUCUCCUACAGUCGCUCUAGAAGUUGCUCAAGAACUUCCACGUCAUCGUAUAGAUCAAGAAGCUACUCCAGAAGCAGGAGCCGAGGAUGGCAGAGCCGAGGCCGCAGCCGCAGCCGCUCCUACCGAAGCUAUGACAGCCACAGGACAUCCAGCAGGAGCAGAUCCAGGAGCAGCUCGUACGACGCCCGCAGCCGGUCCAGGUCCUACACUUACGACAGCUACUACAGCAGGAGUCGGAGCCGGAGUCGAAGCCAAAGGAGUGACAGUUACCACCGAGGCAGAAGUUACAACAGAUGGUCCAGGAGUUGUAGAUCGUACGGCUCUGACAGUGAAAGUGACCGAAGUUACUCUCAUCACCGGAGCCCCAGUGAAAGCAGCAGAUACAGUUGAAAACAACCUUUUUGAUACAAAUUACAUCUUGUUUGUAAAUACCUGGUAACUUAAAAGUUUCAGAAACUGAAUGAUAGUCUGUUCUAUUUCAAUUUUAGAGGUGAAUUCAGAAAUAGACACUUCUUACUGUCACUCCUUCAUGUAUGUGUGUAGAAGAGUUUAAAUACAGACAUGUCUCCUAGAAAUAUUUUUAUGCCGUAUUUUACAGUAGCCAACUAUGGAGUUUUCAUUUUCUUGAAUCAAGAAAUUGUGAACUUUAUGUAAGUACAAUUUGCAAUAUUAUUUUGGAUAGACAAUUUCUCUCCAUCUCACAUAUUCCUUAGAAUACAGAUUCUUUUUGCCCAUUUUUCAGGUUUUAGCAUACUUGCUGCCAAGCAGAGAGCUGUGCGAACCGCCAGAGGCGGAAGUGUUUGUCUCCCAGUCUCAUGGUCUUCUCCAGACACACCACCCAGGCUCAUGUUGGAGGUAGUAGGAGCAUAAGGCAGGGGCUUGGGAAAGUGGUCAGCAUGCUGCCCGUGGCCGCAUUGCUUCAGGCUGGCGGUCGCCUUAAUUGUAAAUUCCUAUACUGCCUCUAAGGAGUGCCUGUUGUGUGUGCUUUUUAAUACAGAAGUUUAGAUGGUAGAGAGCAUUCCACUCCAGUUUAUGCCUUGGUGCUUCCUUGGUGCCUUCUGGUGCCUCUUUAGGCAUUAUUCUCAAUGCUACACAAAAGAGGAUGGGUUUGUUUUGGUUUUUUUUUUAUUCACUGGCACUGAAAAAGAUUUCUUCCGAGCUGUCUUCACUUUGAAUGUGGGAGGGGCUUCUUUCAAGCAUGUACAUGGGUCAGGGUCCCCCUGGAGCAGGUAAGACUGAUGCUAGGAGCUUCAUGGCCUCCCUGCUGUGGUCUGCUGCACAUGUGCUUCUGGAAGAGUGGAUUGAAGAACAUCUGAAAAGCAACACCGGAAUUCUGACUGCCACCAUCCCAGAGACAUUUCGCAGGGCUCUGUGUUUAAAUCCUCCAAGGAAAGGGCAUACCACAUCAGAGGCAGGCUGCUCCACCCAGCUUGCUCUCCUGUUUCUGCUGAGUUCCACGCCAGCUGAAUGAAGCCAUGUGUGACCCAGGAAACCCAGGGCAGAACCCAGGGUGCCACCGAGAUCCUGGUACAUGGCUUUGAGUGGUUCUUCCAAAAAUAACUUGACCUGUAAAAACUGGUGUGUUUUUUUUUUUUUUUAAUCUUUAGUUUGAGGUUUUUCCCCAAGUGUACUUAAUCACCUUAGUGCCAACUUAAUCUAGUUAUGCAGGAGAAAUUCCUGUCAGAAGUCCAGUGUUGAAGUCCGUGCCCUCCUGCCCUAAGCCUUUGCAUGGUGUGUCUGGGAAGUAGCAAAGACCUCUCAGUUCGGGGACCUGACACCCAGAUGGAUGCGAGGGUGACAGUGGAUGUGUUACAGUUGUCAUCUAGGGGCUAGGGGUAGAGCUCUCUGGGUUUAUUCUUUAGCACCAAAAGCAAGACAUGAAGCCGCCACCUGUAGGACCCUGUCUGUGGACAGGGUUGGUGGGCAGCUGUCCGCCAUGGCAGUAGACAGCAGUACAUUAGAAAGCGGGAUGAAGUAAAAAAUGAGGACUUGAUAGUGAGCAUGAAGCAGGCUGUGAUUAAAGGUUGUCAGAAGGUGCCUGCCGAGGACACCGUCUCAGUACAGCACUUGGUGGAGGCAGAGGCGCUCAGCUACGCAGAGACCGCCAGGUCCCGCUGGGUGAUAAGUGACUCGCAGCAGUGUAUCGGCCUUGCUGCCACACGUGAUAGGUGUGCACCUUCUCUGCUCAGGGUCUCCAAGGCCGAGGGCAGGGGCUGGCAGCAGCAUUCUUGACGAAGGCUUGGGAGGGCUCUGCUUCCGGGCUCAUGGCGUCAUGGGCAGGGUUGUGGCCUUGCUGCUCACCAGCCAAGGGCCUCUCCUGACGCCUCUUCACAGCGGGCGCACCCGUCUGUGUGGGCUGCUCAUGUCGAAAGCAGCAGCGGCCCUUGGAGUCUGUGGCUCAUGCUUCGCCUCGCUGCCUCCUCCUGUGUUAAGGGUCCACAUGAGUACAUCAGGCCACAGAGAUGACCUGUCUUAAGGCCACUUGUGCCAUAGAGCAGCAGUGACCUCUCAUCACAGCCACAGGUUCUGGGCACUGCCACGUGGCGGGGAGGGCUCUUCAGAAUUGUGCCUACCUCGGGCAGUGGCUCUGCCCAUCACAGCUGUGGGUGGGUGGGACUUUAUCCCAGAAGGGAGGCCCUGGAAGCCUCUGUUUUUCCACAGAAAAGGGAGGCCCUACUGCAGUGUUGGACUUGUGUGUUUACUAAGCGAACUACAGAAAUAGUUUUUUUUUCUACAGGGGAUUGGUCUGUAUUUUGAAGUUAUUUUUUAAUGAAAUUGAAUUAUGUUGUGUAAUGUGCUUCUUAAUAGAAAAUGCGUUAUUGGACUGUUUUUGUAACAUCCUGUUACUGGAAAUAAAAUAGCUAGUAUUGUUCAAAAAAAUGUAGAAAAUACUUUUGUACAUACUACCAAUGUCUAAUUUGUAUACAUUGGAGCUGAAUUUCCCUAAACGUGACGGGGCCUUGUAGGAAUUAAAAUGGUCCCUUGGUCUGACUCUC